AUGAAAUCAACUUUGGUUUUUAUUGCUCUUGUCGCUGUUGUUCUUGGUGUUGACACAUGCUCGAACAAUGAUGUGAAUGGAUUGUUGACUUGCUAUAGAACUUAUCUUUCUGGAUAUGGAAUUACGAUGAAGGACAAGCUGGUCCACUAUUGGGAUGAGUUCCACCAAAUCCGAACAGCGAUGCUGGAUCAGCAAGGACGAGCAGUUCAACCAAAAAUUUGCAACCUUGGAAAUGCUCUUGGACAAUGCACCGGUCAAUACUCGUGCCUUUCACAAGACACUUUCGUCACAAUGGGAGCCAAUCAAACGGAGAAACUUCAAUGGGCUUUGGAUUUGAAUCUCACAAUCUAUCAAUGUGGACCCGGAUACAACACUUUGAUGGCUGAUUUCUAUUGCAUUCAUGCUUGCGCGGAGCACCAGAGUAACACGAUCGAUCAAUGCACAACUGAUAUGAACAAUGCUAUCAACAAUGGGACGGAUGCUUGCGUUGCCCUCAACCAAAUGAUCCAAUGUGAAUCAGCCAUCUUUGCCGCUUAUUGUGAUUACAAUGCCGGAGUUUUCCAAUGUGGAGGAGAUGUCGCUUUCUUUAGUGUCAACAAUCCGGAGUGCAAGAACAAAAUGCUCACAUGUCCAAAUUAUCAAAUGUUU